AAGCCAAUAGUCUUGCAAUUUUAACUGAUGCAGCACAUCUUCUCUCAGAUGUUGCAGCUUUUGCUAUCUCACUGUUUUCUUUGUGGGCAGCUGGCUGGGAAGCCACUCCUCGUCAGUCUUAUGGAUUUUUAAGGGUAGAGAUUCUUGGUGCUCUGGUUUCCAUCCAGCUCAUAUGGCUGCUAGCAGGGGUUUUAGUUUACGAAGCCAUUGUAAGGCUUAUCCAUGAAACAGAUGAGGUCAAUGGCUUCCUUAUGUUUAUUGUUGCUGCUUUUGGUCUGGUGGUAAACAUUGGCAUGGCUGCCCUGUUGGGUCAUGACCAUAGCCACAGUGGCCAUGGCCACAGCCACGGUCACAGUCACGGUCACGGUCAUAGUCGCAGCCAUGGCCAUAAUGAUCAUGAUCACAAGCAUGGAGUGCGAAUUACCACACGUCCCCAUAGUCACGAGGAACAUCCAAGAGAUGAAGAGCAUGGCCAUGCUCACAAGGAAGAUCUGGUUGAACAAUUGCUCAAUAAUACUUCUUCCCAAGAUAAGAGCAAAAAACAAAAGAAGCGGAACAUCAAUUUACAGGGAGCUUAUCUCCAUGUACUCGGGGAUUCCAUCCAGAGUGUUGGAGUAAUGAUUGGAGGAGCAAUCAUUUGGUAUAAACCCCAGUGGAAGAUAAUUGAUCUGAUUUGCACCCUCAUAUUCUCCGUUAUUGUUUUGGGGACAACUAUCCAGAUGCUGAGAAACAUACUUGAAGUUUUGAUGGAGAGCACACCCAGAGAGAUUGAUGCGACAAAACUUGAGAUGGGGUUAUGUGAGCUUGAUGACGUGGUGGCCAUCCAUGAGCUGCACAUCUGGGCCAUUACAGUAGGCAAGGUUCUGUUGGCUUGCCAUGUCAAAGUAAGGCCUGAAGCUGAUGCAGACAUGGUGCUAGACAAAGUGAUUGACUAUAUUAGGAGGGAGUAUAAUAUCAGUCAUGUGACGAUACAGAUAGAGCGUUAGUGGAGAGAGAGAGAGAGAGAUGAUUUUUAUGAGCAUCCUGGGCUUUCUGUUUCUAAGACUUUCAUUUUGUUCUAUUGUGAUUUUCAUCUUUUUCUCAUGGAAGGGUGAUUUUCUUAUUUCAACGGCUGGUGCUGCAUGUACAAAUUUUAGCAUUGGAUGGUUAUUUUAGAUUCUAAAUAAAAUUAAGUUUGAUUUGAGUGAGCAGUUGUACUCUUGGUAA